AUGGGCUUCCUCAAUUUGAACUCGGAGAAGCAGGUCGUCGAUGCUCCUCAAGAGUACGAUCAAGACCUGCCGCCGCUCACCAACACCACCGAGCGCAAGUUGAUGGCCAAGAUUGACUGGCACAUCUUGCCAGGCUUGUGUGUCUUGUAUCUUCUUGCCUUUUUGGACCGUGUGAACAUCGGUAAUGCCGCUAUUCUUGGCCUGAAGACUGAGCUGGACUUGGUUACCGGAACGAAAUAUAACACCGCAUUGACGAUUUUCUUCGUGCCGUACAUCCUUCUCGAAAUUCCGUCUAACAUUCUGCUCAAGAAGUUCAAGCCCCAUGUUUGGUUGUCGAUUUGCAUGUUUGGCUUUGGUUUGGUGCUGAUCUGCCAGGGUCUGGUUUCGACCUGGGGUGGAUUGAUGACAACUCGAUUCUUCUUGGGAGUGUUCGAGACCGGCAUGUUCCCAGGCUGCUUCUACCUGCUGGGCAUGUGGUAUAAGCGAAGUGAAGCCCAGAAGCGUUUCAGCUUCUUCUUCAGCUCCACUUCCCUUGCAGGCGCUUUCGGUGGUCUGCUGGCAUACGGUCUGGGACAUAUGAAUGGUGUUCGUGGCUAUAUGGGCUGGCGCUGGGUGUUUAUCAUCGAGGGCCUGAUCACCUGCGUGUUUGCAAUCGUCUGGUUCUUCGUGCUGCCCGACUUCCCUGAGGAUGUCAAGUGGCUGACUGAUGAGGAGCGCGAGUAUGUGCGCGUGAAGCUGGCCAAGGACGUCGGCAAGUCCGCUCACCACGUCAAGACGGGUUGGCCUGAGAUCUGGGCUGUUCUCAAGGAUUACAAGGUUAUCAUUGGAGGCUUUAUGUACUUUGGUCUCAUCGUCCCCGCAUACAGCUAUGCUUUAUUUGCACCCUCGAUCAUCCAAAGCUAUGGAUUUUCCGCGGUGAAAACGCAGUUGUACUCUAUCCCACCUUGGGCAGCGUCAUUCGCAUUCUCCCUGGUUAUCGCAUGGUUCUCCGAUCGCAUGAAUUUCCGCUUUGCAUUCACCAUCAUUCCGAUUUGUUGCGCGAUUGCCGGUUUCGCCAUGCUGUUCAACAUCCACGGCGUGGCGCACCGCUCAGUCGAGUACGGCGCACUGUUCCUGGUCACUUGCGGUACCUACGGUGCUAUGCCAGUCGUGGUCUGUUGGUUUGCGAUGAACCUUGGUGGUCACCACCGACGCAGUGUGGGCUCGGCCUGGCAGAUUGGGUUCGGUAACAUUGGUGGUAUCAUUGCGACUUACUCUUUCCUGGCCAAGGAUGCGCCGCUCUACAAGCCAGGAUUCAGCAUCUGCAUCUCUUUCUGCUGUCUGUCUAUCCUGGCAUGCAUUCUUUAUGCGAUCGCACUGGUGUAUGAGAACCGGAAGCGUCAGAACACGCCCGUGGAGACACAGCCGCCUUCGUCGGAGGAAGACGAGUACCUCGGUGACUUGGCCCCGACCUUCCGGUACCAGCUCUAG